AUGGAGGAUGGUAAUGAGAAGAAGCCGAAAAGGGUGCGACCGAAGAAAAAAGGUAUUCGACAGGAGAUUAGGAAGAAAGUGAGUUGUUAGUUUCUUUAUAACGUACUUAUUAAAGUAUGGGACUUAUUUAUAAAAGUUGUAUGUUGUAUAUUCACGUUAAUUUUUCUGUCUUUUGUAACUGUUGAGUAUGUCUUGUUUUAUGGCUGUUUAUAAGUAAUCAAGUUUUAGAUUGAAGAAGCUCUGUUAGCUAAUAACUCGGAAGUGAUUGGACUUGUCGAGCCUGGCUUUGACGGUGACUUAAGAGCUUCUUUGACUGAUGUCUUGGCUCGAUUGUCUUUGGAACACAAGGAGAAGAUGGAAAGUUUAACUACAGAACAACUCAAGUCAAUUGCCAAUUUGAGUAAUCUGUUUGAAAUCCAAGGCGAAGUCAGGGAGAAGCUGAGUGUGAUUCUGAAAAACGAGGCUAAAGAGAAUCUCGAGGAGAAGAUGGUAUACGUGGUAUGUUUUGUAUUACCGUUUUAAAUUUCUUUGUAUUUAUUUUAAAGUUUAAUGUAUUUGCCAUAAGUUAUAAUGUCAUAUUUAUAGGACAACUUGCCUCCUUCUUGUUCAGCCGACCAAUUGAAAAAGCGGGCCAACGUAUUUGGUAAUGUAGUACAAGUUGUCCUACCCCAAGUUGACAAAAUGAAGCGAAGAUGUUGUCCAGGAAUGGACUUUUCUAUCAAUUCCGGCUACGGAUUCAUACAGUUUACAUCGAAGAUUGCUGCCAGACGAUUCUGCAAGGUAAUGUUUAAAAUUCGAUAUUUGAUAACAUCAUGUUGACUAUAGUUUCAUUUAAACUUACCUAAUGCUACCAUUAUGCUUUUAUAGAUCUUGCUACUUAUUAAACGACCUUUCUUUUAGGCUUAUUUCGUAAACUCCCAUCUGAAUCGAGGCCAUCACCACAGGAAAAAGAAGAUGGAGAACAAGGACAAGAGUCAACCAGAGUCAGAUAACGAAACGGCGGUAAGCAAACUGUUGGAGGAAGCCCAGGCAAUCACAACAACCAGAAGGAAACGACGUUGUACGGAGAUAUCGACCAGUGAAAUGAGUGGAGACAGUGGUGGAGAAGGCGAUGUACCUGCCAAGAAGGCCAAAACAGACCCUGCAGACCCGAACAAAGACAAAAAGAAGAAGAAAAAACGAAAGAGGAGACUGAAUAUGACUCUGCCCAAGAUGACAUUAGCCACAUUCUUCUCCAGGAUUCAGGCUUUUUCAUAGUGAGUAUAAUUUUUGAUUUUUUUGAGGAAAUUAACGGUUAUAUGAAUUACUGUAGGGGCCAGAAACGCUCUUAUUGAUUAAAAUAGUACGGUGAAAACAUUGAAAGUAAAUACACCAUGUUGUUUAAAGGUGUUCACCUCGGAAUAUUUAUAUUACCUAAUUCUACAAAUAUUUUCAGUCGACGUUACAUCAAACUGAAAAAGGAAUACCUGGAGUUGAAGAAGAACAGCGAAAACGAUCUCUACAGCAUUCUGAAUCCACAGGCUUGCAACGAAUCGGAAAAGCCAGAUGAAAACAAACCGACCUUAAUGGCCUGCGGAAAGAAAACAAAAAAGGUAAGAAAUCCAUCAUCAUUUACACGUUUCGAUGAUAACUUCCCUUUGCAUUGUACCGUACCUUUUAUUAAUUGAUUUAUUACCGUACCUUUCCAAUCAAUAAUUACCGUAUCUUUUCAGUUGAUGGAAACAGCUGCCAAAGUCAAGAACGCGUCAUUCGAUAUCUUCCGCCAGAACAAUGGAGACGCGGGAUGA